AUGGCAGCGCCGCGGCCGGCCGGUGCCGCCCCCUGGGCGGGCCGGGCCCCCGGGGGCGCGGCGGGGGCCGCAGCGGCAGCGAGGCCACCCGUGGCGCCAGACGACCUGGGCGUGCACCUCUCGGGCGGCGAGGGCGUUCCGCGCGGUGAUGCCACGGGGCAGGGGACAGGAAUCCCAAUAUGGCGGGACCUCGGCAACACGGCGCUCGCGCGGAAGGGCAGCGCGACCGCGCUGCGGCAGGGCGGCGCUGCCGUCAGCACGGGCCCGACACCUCGCGGCUUCGGUUCCUCCUCUGGGCGCGGGCUGGCCAUACCGCGGCGGCCGUCGUCGGCGGCGUCGCUGCGGAGAGACAGCCAUGGACCCGCGGCCCCGCCCGCGGCGGCCGCGAGGGCGCCCAGCGUGGCGGCGCAGCAGCCGCAGCGGCACGGGGCGACCAGCAGGGCGGCUGCAGGCGGUGGCCCGAGCAGUUUCGGCACGUCGAGGACUGCAAGCCCAG